CCUCUUCCUCCUCGCACUUCCACUCCCCGGCGAGCAGCGAAGGCGAGAGAGAGAGAGAAGCGUGAGAAAGAGAUGAGGAAGGCGACCGCGGCGUCGCGCUACGCCUCCUACGACUCGCCGUCGCCGUCACCGUCGCCGCGCCGCGUCGGAACCGGUACAGGCGCGGCGGCGACCCCAGGGUACGGGAGCCGCGCCAUUGUGGCGGCCAGAUCCGGGCGCGGCCUGCGCGGACAGGAGGCGCAGCCGCCACAGCACGGGAACCUCGGGUCCGUGCUCCGCAGGCUCAUCUCCAUGGACAAGAAGCCCGGGAAGAAUCUUCCCGUGCCUCCCGCCGCUGCCACUGCCGCCGCCGCGAAGAACAACGGCGGCGGGAAGCUGCCGGGGCUGUCGCGGAAGCUGUUUCAGAAGGGAGCGUCGUCGGAGCCCAAGAAGAAGGCGCUCACGGAGGUCAAGAACGGCGGCAACAGCAACACGCGGACGCUCGCAAUGGUGCUGCGCAGCGAGCGGGAGCUCCUCACCCAGAGCAAGGAACAGGAGGACGAGAUCGCCGCCCUCCGCCUCCAGCUCGAGCAGAAGGACAUGGAGGUUGAGCGCCUCAAGGAUCUGUGCCUUCGGCAGCGGGAGGAGAUCAGGACGCUCAAGGACGCCGUGCUCUUCCCUGACACGCAGCCGGACCGCCACCUCCGGGAUGAGAUCUCCACGCUUACGGGACAGAUCCAAUGCCUUGCCGAAGAGCUCGCCCAGGUUAAGGCCGAUAAACACACGCCAAAGUCAUGUUUUGAUGACGGAUACUGCUCUUCCCCAAGAACGCCGGUGCUUAAUGAGGAGACUGCUUUCUCUUUGGAGUGUAGCAUUGGAGAAGAUGACACACCAAACUACGGUAGCCCAGAUGAAAUGUUCAGCAAGGAUCUUAAUCCUUGCCUAACUCCAUGCAUCUCCAAGAGCAAAUCCGAGGAGUAUGAGAAAUCAAUCAGUUCUCAUCGCAGUGGCAGGAAAGCCGGACCAGACAGCCUAUCCUGCAGCUCCCGUAGCAGGCCAAUGUCGAAGAGCUCUGAUCAUCACAAGCCUACCUCGGGAAGCAACAGUAAGCGGCGAGUAUACAGAUCGGACCAAGACAAGAUCCAUCAGAACCUGUUCUAGCUUUGCCGUUUACCCCGGCCUUUGUGCCCUUAACCACGCUCCAGCGGUCUCCACUGUGAAAUAUUCAUAAGCGUGUAGACUUGUUUGGUCCAUUGAUACAUGUCUCUGAGUUGUUGUAAUGGCGCCUUUGGUUGUGUUUUUCUGUUGCUGGUGUAUGCUUGCCGAGCUAUUUGGAAUGCUUGUCUAAGUUAUGUGGAUAAACUAUGCCUUGCUAAGAGCCUAAGAGGAAAGAGGAAAGGGAGUUUCGCUUGCAUU